GAAAUCCCCCCCAUGUUUCCCUAAAAAAAAUUCCAUAAAAUCUUAGAAAAUAUAGUACUAAAAAUAGCAGAGCAGCAAUUGGAACUGAUAAGGGAGAAACUCUACUUAUAUGGCAGGAAUUGGUGGCAGUGAGAAAUCACUGAAAGCUGUUUGGUGAGGAAAAAGGGGGAGGAAGAAAGAAGACAGGACGUGCCCUUUUGGGUUUCCACGACAAAGCAACAGUCUUUUAUUUGCAAAGGUAGUGCGUAGUGCCUUUCAUCCUAACAAUUUUUAUAUUCCAUAUUGUUGGACACAUUCACAUACUCAACUAAGGCAGCGGAAUUAGGGGCUCUGGGGUCUGGAUAUCACCAUCAUAUCCGAAUCUCCGAAGAAAAUCUCUCAUUUUCUUUCCGUUUUCGAAGACUUGCCUUUUUAAUUUCGCUUAUUUGUUGGUGGGUUUGGCUAUUACCAAGUUGAAAAAGCUACUAGUGGGUUGAUACUCUUGUUUAUUGAGAAGGGUGGUGGUGGUCUGAACUGUGUAGUGAGGAGCUUGCAGAAUGAAGGGGGCAGGGGUAUGGAUAUGGGGUUUGUUGUGGUGUGUGGUUGGGGUUGCUGCUUUGAGUCGAUCUGUGGAUGGCUUUGACGAUUUGAGUGCCAAAGAGAGUUUGCUUUCUCUCUUGGAAACAGAUGAUACCUCCCCUAGUCCUGCAAACCAACUCAUGGUGCCCCUCACCCUCAUUCAUGGAGCUGCUGCUAAAGGAGCAGUGUGUUUGGAUGGGACACCUCCUGGUUAUCAUCUCCAUCGAGGGUCUGGAUCAGUUCUUCUUCUCUUUCAGGCUAACCAACUUAAUUUUCGUGGCCAACGCAUCUGGUCAGCUGCCAUGGAAGAAUUGAUGGCCCAGGGAAUGAAAAAUGCUGAGCAGGCUCUUCUUUCUGGAUGCUCGGCUGGGGGUCUAGCAUCCAUUUUACAUUGUGAUGAGUUCGGUGAUUUGUUCCCUAAAACUACCAAAGUGAAAUGUCUAAGUGAUGCGGGAAUGUUUCUUGAUGCAAUUGAUGUUGGUGGUGGUCGCACCCUAAGGAAUAUGUUCAACGGUGUGGUCAAGUUACAGGGAGUGGCAAAGAAUCUGCCAAAUACUUGUACCAGCCAAAUGGAUCCUACUUCGUGCUUCUUCCCUCAAAAUUUGGUUGCGAAUAUCAAGACUCCUAUGUUUCUUCUCAAUGCAGCCUAUGAUGUAUGGCAGAUCCAUCAGAGUUUAGCUCCAUCAACUGCUGAUCCUCAUGGUUACUGGAAGGAUUGCAAAGAAAAUCAUGCCCAAUGUAAUGCAUCACAGAUUCAGUUUCUCCAAGAUUUCCGGGAUCAAAUGCUCAAUGCCAUAAAUGUUUUUUCAAAGUCCGAACAAAAUGGUUUGUUCAUAAAUUCUUGUUUUGCACACUGCCAGUCAGAAAAACAGGAUACAUGGUUUGCCAAUGAUUCUCCUGUUAUUGCAGAAAAGGCAAUUGCAGUGUCUGUGGGGGACUGGUUUUUGGACCGAACCACUGUUAAAGCUGUUGACUGUGCUUACCCCUGUGACAAAAGCUGUCACGACCUGGUGUUCAAGUGAGUGAAAACUUCUUGUUUGCUCCCUGUCUGUGUCUGGCAUCCCCUUAAUUUAUUUUCCCCAACUGUCAUUUUAGAAACUGGAACUUCCAUUGAUUGAGGGCCAAAAUGAGAUUCAUUAUUGUUAUAGAAACCUACUUUCCUGGGAUGCAAAUAAAAAAUGAUUUGCAUCAUUAUCUUGAUGUCCUUGCAAAUUCCAACUAGAAGCAAUAUUCUUGAGAUGAGACUCAAACAUGGGACAUAAUAUAUUUGAAACUUUCUCGGUUGAGAUUUGUCUUUUGAGAAUGCUUGGCUGGUUUACCCUUCUGUACUCUUUUAAUCCAUUAAUGAAUGUUUGUGUCUAUAAAUGCAUUAGAAGAGGAUACAGAAGUUAGUAGCCUUUCUCACAUUUCUCAGAGAUGAGCCAUUUCUGAAAUGAAUAUGUUCAUAUGCAGUGAUGUUACAUCAUCCCUAGAGAUCUCCCAGUCCACAAGGUUAACAUCCACUGUACUAACUCUGCUUGGUACCUCUGUGCCUCUCUUCUUAACAUCUUCAAAUGCACACCAUUGUUCCAAUUUGAUCAGUAACACAUUACCAUGAUUUUCGAGUCCAUACCCAUGUAGGCUUGUUGGAUCUUUUGCUUGCUUAUGAGUUCACUGAAGCCAUUUCUUUUAUCAGUAUCUGUAAUUCUUUUCCUAUUUUCCUGUGUCUGCCUUCAUUGAUACUUGAUAGACAUCGACUGAAACUCUUUCAACUGUAAACUGAAAAUUGCAAGCAGAGGAGGCUGUUUUUUUGAGGCUGUCAUGCCAUCUAAUGCACAU